AUGCCCACAGCUAUGCCGUCACUCCCCCAGGAUCUACUAGAUGGAAUAUCGGGAGCCCUUGCAGCAGAAGGAAAUGUCCUACAAAUGGUUCUCGUGACCUUCAUCGCAUUAUCAUGCUACAACAUCGCCGAGCUAGUCGUCCUAGUGACAGCAACCUUCCGCCGUUGGCGCGGUCUAUAUUUCUGGUCGUUAUUGACAUCAGGCUGUCUUGGCGUGAUACCAUACACGAUUGGAUUUAUGAUGAAAUUUUUCACACGAGCCGACUCUGUGCUAUCCGUUACUGUCCUCACAGUUGGGUGGUGGACGAUGGUGACCGGCCAAUCAGUGGUAUUAUAUUCGCGACUCCACCUCGUUCUCCGGGAUGAGAAGACCUUGACCUGGGUCUUACGAAUGAUUGUGCUUAACUUCUUCCUCUUGGAAGUCCCCACUACCAUCCUGACCUAUGGAGCUAAUGUCAUCCAUACGGGUAGCCUGGCCUGGGUAUGGGGAUACAAUGUUAUGGAGAAGGUCCAGUUGACCGGAUUCACUAUCCAGGAGAGUCUUAUAUCUACGCUCUACGUCAUCCAUACUGUCAAACUACUCCGUCUUGGUGCGGAUGCGACCAGUCGUUCCAACUCGCGGACGAUCAUGUACCAUGUUAUCGGGAUAAAUUGUACUAUCAUGGCAAUGGACUUAUUAUUGUUGAGUUUGGAAUAUGCGAAUCAAUAUGCCGUCCAGAUCGUGUUGAAGGGGUUUAUAUACUCCAUCAAGCUGAAGUUGGAGUUCGCCGUGCUGGGUCGGUUGGUCGACAUAAUCCAGGGAUCGAGGCAUCCUAUCUCGGUUGCUGUCGCUGACACACUGCCUCUUUGUUCAUUUCCCCGUUUGCCCGAGUCUUCGAGUAGUUCAGAGCAGACCGAUCCGGAGCCGGAAUCUGAGCCUGAACCGAAGGAUGUUAUUGCUUCGCCGGACGGGGAUGUGGUUGAGACGAGGGAUUUUGUCGAAUCGAGGCAGUCACGGAGACCGGUUUCAUGGCCAUGUAUUGAGUAA